CACAACGAAAUCCCCUGUACAACUAUUAUAUGCUAAUAAAAAUGACAAAGAAAAGAAAAAAUCCCUGGACCAGGUUGUAUCAUACUGCUCAGUGAGAGGUUUUAUUGUACCUAUGGCUGCUAAUCAUUUUAUAGCCAUAGCGACUUUUAUAGUGUACUAUAAUUCUCCUUUUGUUGUCUUUUAAUUUUAAUUUAAUUAAUUUAUUUUGACACACGAUCUCCUGUUGUCUAAGCUAGAGUCAAACUCCUGAAUUAAGUGAUUCUCCUGUCCAGCCUCCCAAAUAGCUGUGACUGUGGGCAUAUGCCAAAGUACCUGACCUCCUUUUGUUUUCUUAAACAAAAGUUCUUUCUCUUUCUCGUCUUUUUCCGUUUUAUCUGAAAAAGAUAAACUAGUUUAAAUUCUUAACUAGAAUUCAUUUUUGUGUGCUUUUAUUGUUUGUAUUUGCCUUGCCAGUUGUCUCAACACAGAUUAUUGAAUAUUUUGUUCUUUCCCACUGACUUGUAAUAAUCCUUCCUCCAUCGUCUGUUGUGUUAGUCAGCUGUGUGUUACUAUAGCAUAAUACCUGAAAUAGUCAACUUAAAAAGAUGAAAAGCAUAUUUUGUCUCACAGUUUUGGAGGUCUUAGUCCAUGGUUCAUUGACCCCUGGCCUGUGAUGCGUCAGCAUAUCAUGGCUGGGAGCACAUGGCAGAAGAAGCUGUUGAAUUCAUGGGUGCUGGCAAGCAAAAACAGAGGAAGAGAAAGGGGCUAGGGUCCCAAUACCCCUUCAAGGGCACACCUUCAGUGAUCUGAUUUCCACCAAGCUCCACUUCUAAAGGUUCUAUCACUUCCCAGUAGCACUACAAACUGGGGACCAAGCCUUCAAUACAUGGGCCUUUGGAGAACGUUCAAGAUGCAAACUGUACACCCAGGAGGAUCAUGAGUUUGAGGAAUGCUGCUUAUUUCAGUCUCUUGCCAGUGACUUCUGGUGUUCCAGAAAAUGGCCUUGUGCUGCAGUGCUGAGAAGAUACUCUCAAGGACCCAGUAGUGAUUCCCUGAAGGCAGCAGAUUUGGUUUGCACUCAGCUGGGUGGACUUUGAACCAGAGUAAUGCCUCCAGGCAGGUGGUACGCUGUUCAUCCAGUUCAGGCCCCCACCUCCAGGGAGCGAGGGCGCAUUCGGAUGGUAAAGAAGGAAGAAGAGGAUGAAGGGUAUACUGUGGUGCAGACUGCCAGGCCACAGACACUCAACCGUGCUGGCCAGGAGCUGUUCCGCCAGCUCUUCAGGCAGUUGCGCUACCAUGAGUCUUCUGGGCCCCUAGAAACUCUGAGCCGGCUCCGGGAGCUCUGCCGCUGGUGGAUGAGGCCUGAUGUUCUCUCCAAGGCACAGAUGCUGGAGCUGCUGGUGCUGGAGCAGUUCCUGAGCAUCCUGCCUGGGGAGCUCCGGACCUGGGUGCAGAUCCAUGGCCCUGAGAGUGGUGAGGAGGCUGUGGCCUUGCUGGAGGAGCUGCAGAGGGACCUGGAUGGGACACCACAGAGGGACCCACGCCCUGCCCAGAGCCCAGAUGUGCAUUGGAUGGGCACAGGAGCACUGCAACCUGCACAGAUAUGGCCUCCUGCUUCAUCUCUCAGGAGCAGCUCUGCUCUGGGGGACCACCUGGAGCCUCCCCUUGCAAUAGGAGUGCAUGACUUCCUGGCUGGGCAAUCCGAUUCUCCUGCUGCCCAGGUACCUGACCCUCCACUGAAAGAGGACAGCCCAGGAGACCAGGAGGCUUUGACUUUCAAAGAUGUGGAGAUAACCUUCUCCCAGGAUGAGUGGGGAUGCCUGAAUUCUGCUCAGCGGAACCUCUACCGGGAUGUGAUGCUGGAGAAUUAUAGGACCCUGGCUUCUCUGGUGGGACCAUUCUCCAAACCUGCUCUGAUCUCCUGGUUGGAAGCAAGGGAGCCGUGGGGCUUGAAUGUCUGCACAGUUCAGCCUAAGAGGGAUCCAGGUAUUGUCCCUGCAGGAGAUGAGCUCCAGAUUCAGACAAGCAAGAUCAUCUUAAAACAGGACCCUUUGGAACAUGCAGAAACCUUUGCUGUACCAUCAGGAUGUUCUUUGACAAGUGUUUCAGAGGGAACAGGGCUCAGAGGCUGUUUUGAACAGAAGAGCAGGUUAAAGCAGCACUGUGGAAACCCCAGACAAGUGAGAGAUAUGAAAAAAGAGACUGAUUUCAGUCACAGGACAGGGAAAGAAUCUGAAGUAUCAGGAAGAAGUAAUAGCCUUGACCUAAAACAUGUUACAUAUUUGAGAGUUUCCAAGAAAAAACAAUCCUUUAAACAUGGCUGUGGCAGACACUUCAGAAAAAGUUCACACCAUUAUGACUACAAGAAAUAUGGGAAAGGGCUCAGACACACUAUUGGAGGGUUUAGCCUCCAUCAGAGAAUUCAUACCGAACUGAACGGGAGUGAAAAGGACAUGAGGGGAAAGGGCUUCAUGCUUAGCUCUCAUCACCAAUCCGAGCAGACUCUUUAUACCAUGGGGACCUUAUAUAAGUGUCGAGACUGUGGGAAGACCUUCAGUCGAAGCUCUCAUCUUGCUGAUCAUCAGAGACUUCAUACUCAGGAGAAACCUUUUAAAUGUAGGGUGUGUGGGAAAGCCUUCAGAUGGAGCUCUAACUGUAUACGACAUGAGAAAAUUCACACUGGAGUGAAACCUUAUAAAUGCAGUUUAUGUGAGAAAGCUUUCCAACGUGUGUCAGCCUACCGUCUGCACCAGGGAACCCAUACUAAGCAGAAAUUUGAAUCAAGUCAGUGUGAAGAAGUUCUCACCUACAGCUCAAGGCUUGUUCAUCAUUUGAGAGACCAGAGUGAGGAGAAGCUCUUUGACUGCAGCCAGUGUAGGAAGUCUUUCCACUGUAAGUCCUAUGUUCUCGAACAUCAAAGGAUUCACACACAGGAGAAACCUUACAAAUGUAUCAAAUGUAGGAAAACCUUUCGGUGGAGGUCAAACUUUACUCGUCAUGUGAGAUUGCAUCAUGAGCAAGAGUUUUGUGAACAAAGUAAGUGUCGAGAGCACUUCAGGCAGAAGAAGUGCAUUCAGCCCCAGGGUGUCCCCGCUGUGGAAAAAAUAUUUCCUUGUCAACAUUGUGAGAAAACUUUUACACAAAAGAAAACCCUCAUUGAGCACCAGAGAAUUCACACAAGAGAGAAACCAUACCAAUGUAGUGAGUGUGGGAAAGGAUUUACCUAUAGAUCAGCCUUUAUUGUUCAUAAGAAGAAUCAUGCCAUUAAAAGAAAAGACGGGGCAUCUUUUAUUCAGGACAGAGCCUUUCAAGUUCCUCAAAGCAAUUUCACCACAGAGGAGCCCCACAAAUGUAACCAGUGUGGCAAAGCCUUCCGCAAUCACUCCUUCCUUCUCAUCCAUCAGAGAAUUCACACCAGAGAGAAGCCAUAUAAGUGCAGGGAGUGUGGAAAAGCCUUCAGAUGGAGCUCCAAUCUCUAUCGACAUGAGAGGCAACACAAUUGGCACCAACAGACCAAGUGUCAUCAAAGUGAGGAGACUCCCAAUGUGCAGCCAAAAAUCCUCACUGGUCAGAAACCUUUUUGGUGUGAAGAAUGCGGGAAAACCUUUACACGUAAAAGAAGUCUUUUAGAUCAUCAGGGAAUACACAGUGGAGAGAAGCGCUACAAGUGCAAUCUGUGCGGGAAAUCUUAUGAUAGAAAUUAUCGUCUUGUUAAGCAUCAAAGAAUCCAUGCUACGGAGAGACCUUUUAAAUGUCAGUGGUGUGGGAAAGAUUUCAUUGGGAUACAUGCCCUUUCUGUUCAUCAGAGAAAACACAGAGGAAACACCAGAGCAGCACAGUCGGAACGCAGCCUGCCUGGCUUAUCUUCCUGUCAGAACACAAAGUUGGAUGAACAGGAAUUAAAACCAAGUGGAGAGAAGCCCCGUGAAGAUCGUGAGGGACCUUCUAACCAGAGCUCCAUACUCACUGGACUCCAGAACCCACCCACUGAGAAAAAGGGUCACAAAUGUAGCAUAUGUGGGAAAGCUUUUAGCAAGAGUUCACUCCUUAUUAGCCACAAGAGGUUUCAUACACGAGAGAGGCCUUUCAAAUGCAGAGAGUGUGGGAAGACCUUCAGGUGGUCUUCAAAUUUGGCCCGGCAUAUGAAAAACCACAUUUAAGAUUAGCCUGGGGCCUCCUAAUGACAAUGGGGUGGAGAAUGGCUCCUGGCUACUCUGCUAGCAAACCUUGAUUGAAGGCAGUAUGAGGAAAACAUUCACAAAGGGCCCAGCCCUUCCUAUUUUGGAAGUGAGUGGCAAGGAAUCCUGAGGAUUUAAAAGCUCAGGGACUACCCAGUCCACCUGCUAGAUGGUGAUGCUGGAGCAGAGCAGCAAGAUGUUCUUUGGCCCAGGCCCCGACGGGUAGUCCUCCACACAGCAGCUUGGGGGUCCCACAGCCAGGUCUCCUUCAACAACACUAAAGAGAAAGACCAUUGUUGUUUGUGGUUGGACAUCAUGUCUGUGGGCUGGUUGGCUGUGGCUUCGGGAAGGAGCCACUUGCAUCCUCAUUUCCUCCUUAGGUUUGGCCUGUGAUGGUGCCUAUUCUGAUGAUUUUUCUGGCUGUGGCAUCAGCUUCACAGCUGGCUUUUAGAUGUCUACCAGGGGCUUAUAGCUGUCCCAACAGCAGGUGAGGGAAGCAGAACGCUGGGCUCCAUCUCUUAAGAGAAUGGAGCUGUACCUCAUCACCAUCUCCACUUUACAGGGUCUACACAGGCAGCAGUGCUUCCCCCAGUUCAGCAGAGACAUCCUGAGUACCUCCUGUGUACCAGUGCAAGAGACCUAGCAGUGACUGGAACAGACAAAAAAUCUUGUCUUGGAUCUUUACAGAUGAUAAACAAAUGGGAUUUGUAGUACUCUGGGUGGUGGUGUGUAUUGAGGACAAAGUAAAUAAGCAGGCAUGCUGGAUUAAGAAGUGGAUUUUGAUUUUAAAUAGGCUGGCCUGGGAGGGCCUCAACAAAGGAGAUGAAAAAUAGUUGAGUAAAGACCAGAAGUAGUCUGAUGGCAGUGGCUCAAGCCUGUAAUCCUAGCUACUUAGGAGGCCGAGAUCAGGGGGAUUGUGGUUCAAGGACAGUCCAGGCAAAUAGUUUGAGAGACCAUC